UUAAUCUUCAUAUCUGUACCAAGCUUUGAGUCAACGACUACAAAGCCACAGUGUAAAGUAUGACAUUGAAACCACCCUUUGUCGUGAUGUUGACAGGCCUUACUCUAAUGGUCAGAGUCUCUGUGGUUGGAGGUCGCUUAUCUGGCAGACAGGUCAAGAAUAUGUCGGAGAGUGGUCCCUACUGCUACUCCUGCGACAGCGUCAACUUCCCUAACGAAUGUGAACACGUGGAGCUGUGUGAGACAAGGGAGGUGUGUUUUACUCAACGUUACACAAGGUCAGAUAACAUGACUGUCUACCGUAUGGGAUGUCGCCCGUCAACGGAGUGUGAGCCAGCUGGUCGACCAGACACCUGCUUAUUAUGCUGCAACACCAGCCACUGCAACAGCCUCUUGUGUGAUGAAUAUGCGGCUUUACAUCGUCCCUGCUACAAAUGUGACGAUCUCCUACAUCCGGGAGAUUGUGAUGUCAUUACCGAAUGUGACCUCAAACACGAGAAAUGCUUCAUGGAGAAAGUUUUAACCGACACCUAUAAUCUGCGAUAUAACGUUGGCUGUUUGCGAUCUCGCGUGAGUUGCAGUCACAUUUGAAGUGUGUGAUGCGCUACAGGCUCAACUCCAGAGAGGUAGGCGGGAUCAUGUGAUCACUCAGAUUUGCGCCAGCUGCUGCGAUGGUACAAACUGUAACAACGUCGACUGCGACCAGACAAACUAAUAAAUUAUGACGUCAAACUACAAAUGUAUAUUUCAGUGAAGGUAUUCUACCAUAAUUAAAGGAUUGUGAACG